AUUAUUUCGGUAUAGGAGGAAAUAUCAUAAAUUCCAUUUAACAUUGACACUCAAAACUAGUGAUUUUAAAUUAACAUUCCUACAUAUUUUUUUUCGCGCUUGUUUUGUACAAACCCUUGUCCAUCGAUAGAAUGGCAGUCUGGGUAACCACCACCGGAUGUCACAUUCCUGAAGGAGCGAUACGAGCAGGGUACGAGGCAGACGGUCGGCCACUUUUUAUUGCCCUGGCGCAAAUUGAAGGCAUCAUGACGCCUGGUAAAUGUGGCUAUCACUUACCGGGAGCCCAUAUUCCGUACGGAUGUAAAGAGAGGAUUAUUAGCCAGUACGAGGUGUUGGUCCAUCCGACAAACGCCUCGGGCUUUUUUGAUUGGCAGCGUGCUUCCGGCGGAAAUGUUCCUGAUACUGCGUUCAAGACUGACAAGGAGACUUAUAUUGGUCGGGCUCACCAUUCGGGGAGCCUUAUUCCGUGUAAGAUUGCUACAGGGUACCAACAUAAAUGUGCUUACAUGAGUUAUGGCGGGAAAGAACAUAACACAAAGGACUAUGAGGUGCUCUGCACAAUCAAAUAAUUGUAACAAAAAAUUCAACUAGUUUCAGAAAGCAAUAUUGUUCUAUAUAGGUGUUUAUUUCAUUCGUACUUUCAAAUGACUAGCAUAUGAUUUUUUGAAUUAAAAAGUGUGUUAUCGAUAUUCAAAUAAACCAAAAAUUUCAGUACAAA